AUGCCCCGCUGGAUCGCUUUCGAUGGCGCACCCACUGUGAAGCUCCUGCUAGAGACUGUCGACGCCACGAGCUCGCCCUGCAGCGCCUGGCAAACGUUCACUUUCCGCCUUGCCCCACCUUCAUCGCCUCGCUCAACUUCCAAGGGUGUACGCGCUGGGCAGGACGAGGGACGGCGCGGGACGGCUGAUGAUGGACGAACAGGAGGGCAGCAGGGUGCAGGCGAGCCGGCGCAGGUCUGGGACGUGACGAGCUCGCAGUUCGCGGAUGCGGACAUCUCGAGGCGAGGCGAUGAGGCAGAGGCUGUCCCUCCCAGUGAAACGGACGAGGACACUCUCUUACGUGUGCGCAAACGACCGAGAAGGCGGUCAACGCCGUCGCAGGAGUCGUCGGAACCGGUCAAGGAGGAGGCGCGGGACGAUUUCGAGGGAGAGUCGAGGAUGAGCGUCAUGCUGCCUCCGCUAACGCAGCGACGCCGACGGUCUACGCUUUUCCCGCCAACGCAGACUGCCAACGACAUCACGACCUCAACCCUCCCUCCGACUGCUCCGCUGCCAGACAUCACCGCCGCCUCAACCAACUGCUACGGCGACGACUCGUACGCGGCAACACAAUCAAUUGGCGGCAUUUCGCUCGGACCGCCGCCGCAAUUCAGCUGGCACGUCCACCAACUCGUCCCCCUCGACCAGCUUCGCGGCCGCCUCGCCAACCAGAAGAAGCGAUACGCGAAGUUCUCGGUCCUCACAUGCGUCCUCACGUUCGACAAGCGCGACACCAAGGCUGGAUCACUCACCGAGGUCGUGCUGGUCGACAGUACGGGGCAGACUGCGACGCUUGUCCUGUGGAAAGAGUCUGGCGACGAGAUUGCGCGGGCCAUCCAGCGCGGCGAUGUCAUCUUUGUCGAGAACCUCGCGAUCAAGGAGUACAACGGCAAGAUCCAGCUCAGCUUCAGCGACCGCGAGUCGCAACUCGGCAUCUGCUGGCGCACACACAUCACCGAAGACGCCGACUACGACUACCGCUUUCCUGAAGCAUGGCGGCACGACAUCCCGCAAGCGAACGCAGUUUUGAGAGAGGCAGAGUGGUUUCGCAGGACUUAUGUCCGGUAG